AUGAUAGCAUCUUCAACUAAUAAAGAUACAAUUAUUAAAAAUGAUAAAGAUGAAUUUGAUGAAAUAAAUGAUCAAUUUGAUAAAACAUUACAGAAUUUACAGAGAAAGAAGGAUCUUUUAUCUUCUCAAAUGAAUGAAUUAUCUAAUAUGAAACAGUAUUUAAUUAAUUUGUCUUCAAAUGAUAAUAAACCAGUCAUGAUAGAAUCAGAGCCUGGUAAAAUGAUGAAAAAAACACGUAAUGAAGCUAUUGAAUACAUAGAUGAGAAAUAUAUUGAAUUACAACUGAUUUAUAAUGAUUUUGAUGAAAAGAUCAAAAAUGCAAAUAUUACCAAAGAAAAAUUACAUGAAUUUAAAGAUUAUAUUACUGAAAAUGAAAAUAAUACUGAUCAGAAGUUAAAUGAGGAAGGAUUACCUUUUAUGGAUAUACAAGAAGAAUUUGAUGAUGAUGGAAACAUUACAAAUGUAAAAAUUAAUGAUAAAAAGCAGGAAAUACCAUUAUUACCUUCUAACAUUGCUGAGGAAAUCACUGGUAAAAUAGAAGAUGAAAACCAUGAUAAUAAAUCACUCAUUGAAAUACCAUCACAAACUAACAAUAACAUUGCUCCACACGAUCAAACUGUUGGUCAAAUAGUGGAUAAAAAUCAAGAUAAUAAUCUGUCUUUUAAUGACAGUGAAAUGGAUGAAUUAAUCAAGGAUAUGGAAUUAUUUUCAACGAAAAACAUUCAAUUAGAUCAAGAAGAACUAUCAAAUCGUAUAGAUAAUUUAAAUAUCUCAGAACAAGAUAAAUUUAAUUUAAAAUCACUAUGUGUCUCGGAAUUUCAAAAAUUAAAAGAUGAAGAAAAUGUUUUAGAUGGAUUUCAAAGAGGUGAAAAUCAAAUUAAUCUCGAUUUAGACAAAUCAAAUUUAAUCGAAUUGGAAUUAUUAGCUGAUGAAUUUUCAAAUGAUGAUAUUACAGAGAAUGAUAAUUUUAAUUAUGAUUUUGAAGAAGAAGAAGAUGAUUUUGAAGAAGAUGAUGAAGAAGAUGAUAUUGCUGAUGAUUUAUUAUAUGGAGCUACUCGAAACAACAUGGUUGGGGGGAACUCUGAAGCAUCGAAUAAAUUGUUUUGGGAACAAAUUCAAAAAUUAAGAGAUUCUAAAAAAUCAGCUAUUGAGAAUCCAAUUGAAAGUAAUAAAAGAGCCAAAACUGUUAGAUUUGCACCUAAUGUACAAAUUAAGGAAGUUGAAAAUGUAAGUGAAGAAUUGAAGAACAUACCAGUUAGUAAUAAAAUGUCAUUAUUUAAACAACAAAAGUACGUAAAUGAUCGUGGCUCAAUAGAUAAAGUAUUAUCUGAGAACAAGAAAGACAGGACUGGCGGUGGAGGAGAAAUUAUUGAAGCAAAUAUAAUUGAGGAUAUAGUAGAGAAAGAUGAUGAGAAUGUAAAUCGUAUUAUAGAAGAUGAGAUUAUAGAGAAAGAUAAAAAUAUUGAAGAUGACAUAAAUAAUUCAAUUGAAAGUAAUAUCAAAGAAGGAGGUUUGAAGAGUGUUUCUAGAUUUAAGUCAAUGAGACUAGAUCAACGUCAUAAUUUAUCAAGAGGGUUUCAUAAUGAUAAAAAGCACAAACUUGAAGAUAAAUCUGAAGAAGGAGAAAAUAAUAAUAUCAAUGAUAUAAACAUCAAAGAAACUAAUGUCGAUUAUCAAAAUUUACAACAAGAUAAUGAUUUAAUGGCAAAGGCAUACGUUUUAGGAAUAUAUGAUGAUGAUAUAAUUACAGAAGGUCCAGUAGUAGAUAAACUAAAAGAUUUUGAAGAAUUAAAUAAAAUAGUAGAAAUAAGAGAUAAAGAAAUCAGUUCUGAAUAUGAUUCAAAUUUGAAUGAAAUUGGAAUGAAUGAAAUUGGACUGAAUGAAAUAGAGAAUGAUAUUGAUGAACCUAUAAUGACUGAUGAAAUCAUUGAGAAUGAUCUUAAUGAUGAAGAUGAUGAUGAUUAUGAUUAUGAAAAUGAUAAUGAUGACGAUAUAUUAAAUCAAGAAAUUCGCGAAAAUUAUUUUAAAUUACGUACAAAAUUAAUUAGUGAGUCAAAUGGUUAUAAAAAAUCAGAAAAUGAAAUUGAAUUGGAACCAAUUGAUGAGGAUGGAAAUCCAAUUAAAAUAAGUAGAUUUAAAGCGGGAAGAUUUAACAAAUUUGGUCAAAUAUAA